AUGGGUUUCCGAUUGCCUGCUAUUGCUAACGCCAAGAGAAGCCUUACUAGGUCUCUGUCUGCUUCAAGGAGUUCAAAGAGCUUAACUAACCCAAAAGGCUACUUUGUAGUCUAUGUUGGGGAGAGUCAGAAGAAGCGAUUUGUUAUUCCACUCUCGUACUUGAAUGAGCCUAUGUUCCAAGAUUUGCUUAGUCAAGCUGAAGAAGAGUUUGGAUAUGAUCAUCCUAUGGGCGGUAUCACGAUCCCUUGCGGUGAACAUAACUUCCUUGAACUCACUUCUCGGUUAAGUGGCUCUUCACCAAUCACCAUGGGGUUCCGUUUACCAGGUAUUGCUAAUGCCAAAAAAAGUCUUACUAGAUCUCUAUCUGCUACAAAGAGCUUAGAUAUCCCAAAAGGUUACUUUGCAGUCUAUGUUGGGAAGAGCCAGAAGAAGCGAUUUGUGAUUCCCAUCUCAUACCUGAAUGAGCCUCUUUUUUUGGACUUGUUGAAUCAAGCUGAAGAAGAAUUUGGAUUUGAUCAUCCAAUGGGUGGCAUCACAAUCCCAUGCAGUGAACACACCUUCCUAGAUCUCACUUCCCGCUUAAGUGAAUGA